UCUUUGAUUUCAUGUACUUACUCAGCACACGCCGUGUGUUGCAGGAAAAUCCUAUCCAGUGAAAAAUAUCCGUUGACUCUUUUCCAUCCAGUUAUAGUCAAAAGUUGUAUUGCCAUGGUCCUUAAUCGUAAAACGCGCAUGCAGGCAUACCGUUUUCUGCCCUUUCGCUUUCGAGCUAUACCACUUCUGGGACAGACAACGUGUUCGUAGUGGUGGAUGGACCUUUAGUCCAUCUACUGGACAUACUUUUGAGCUUGACAUAUUAGGAGGUAGUAACAGAGUGUAGAUAAUUUGGACACUAAAGUUAUGUUAGGAAGCGGCAAAUGGACGAAAACGUCUUAGAGGACUCGAAGCAGGUGAAGUCCCUUGGGAUACGCGGGGAACGCUUUGAUAUAGUCCCUAGCAAGAGGCCCCUCGGACAGCCCUGAAAAAAGCCCACUCCACCUGCUCGAUUACUCAAUUGAAAGCUAAUCAUUCCCAAUUUAUGUAGCCAGAAUUGCCACAGACACCUGUCUGUGUACUUUCGAAAAGGUUUGAACUUGUACAGCUGAUGUUUCACAAUUUUCCUUUAAAAGCCACAUAUCCAAUAAUACUACAAUUUUAUGAAGAUAUCGUAAAUCAUCAAUUAAAACAAAAUAGAUAUAGAUGAAAAGAAAACGUGUCGUAAUUACGCAAUUGCUUGAUGUGGUUUGCUCGAGUUGGUAUGUGAAUGUAAUGCAAAAACUAGCCGUUACAUAUGUUAGAUAGUGGUGAGACGAUCAAGGUAGCCAAGGUCGAAAGAAAAAAAAACACACACACACACAUGACAUCUGUCAAACGUGUUGCGCUUGUCGGCAGUCACGCAUCAUACGCAGCCCGAAGUAGCCGCCUCAAUCCAUGAUGUCUUCCGAACUGGACCACGCUCAGCCAUCCUCAGCGGUACAUACGGUCACCAUCAGGUCUAAUACACAUCCUGGCUGGAACUUUGCCUCCCAGAAUGAUGUGGCUCGUUUUAUCGCACUGGUACAGCGUUAUCCCAAGCUGCAGUCGCGCAUCUCUCCGGAGCGUCUCCUGCCGGAAUGGGAAAAGUUGGUCCCGGUGACGGGCCUUAGUGCAAAGGAGAUGUGCUUGAAGUGGAAACGGUUGUGCGACCGGUAUCGGACCGAGCUGCGCCGCGAGAUGAUCACACCUCCGGCAGAGUUCAAAUCGAAAUGGGCCUUUUUCGUGCAGAUGUCGUUCGUCCGGGAAACGGAGCUGAAGCGUAUCCGUCUGAUUAAGGGUAAGCAAAACCCGCAGCCGCCGCCUAUGAAACGCGAACCGCAUUCACCAACUUCACCGAUCCCGAUGCCGGCAUGGCCAACGUCACCGAAGCGCAAGAUUGCGAAGCAGCAACGGCCACUAGUGGUACCGAUGAAAUGCUUCAAAGCUGAACCAGUCUCGCCAUCCGCUGGGUCGACUCUAAUCGCGGAAUCAUCGCAGCGAUCGGAGAAGCCGCCGAUGGCGUCCCACGGUGGCGAUUCAGAAUCGCCCAGCUGCUCGCGCACGAAACCUUCGCCGAUGUUCAGUUCGCAGAAGCAAGCGGCCUGCAGGAAAUUGAUUCCGAUCGAACAGAUGCCAAGUACGGGGCGAGUGAAGGUGGUGGGCAGCGCGAAGCAAAACUUCCUGAAGGACUUGCAGGAACAGGCGGGCCGUGCCGUGGCACUCCGCCGUCCGGUACACCGUGCGCCGAUAACGGAUUCGCUGCGAGUGGCACCGGACAAUGAUUACGAUUUCCUGAUGAUACGCAUCUAUCCGCUGCUCGGGCUGGUACCGGUGGCCAUGAAGCCGAUUUGUUACGAGCGGGUCCAGCAGUACCUGUUUCAGAUGUCCGAUGUAAAGGGUAAGCGAUAUGACCGUUGAACUGAGAUGGGAAGAUAUUGUAUUCAUUUUCUUGUUAAGUGCGAAUAAAUGUAAUUCUCAGGUCCCGG